AUGCGACUUCCAACAAUCCCCACUCGGUUUCUCCCGACAACGAUACCUUCCGAGUACAAACUCCCAGCUCGGACCUCUGCAAGGACAAGGGUCACGCAUGAGAGCGGCACCUGGUUCUGCUCUCAGGUAGAUCAGGUUCUGUACACCAAGGUCUCGGGUAGAGGCAGUGGCACAUAUGAGGCUGUUACCUUCAUGGAUGCCAACACUGGUCGUUGUGACAAGGCGACCAGGGCUUGGAGCGGCGAUUUGGCUCCUUUCAACGAGCCUAUCUCUCUCCAUUUUCACGGUCCCCUCCACCUCAAGCAGGUGGCGUUCUACCAGCCCAACAGCGACGGCUCCUACUCUCGCAAGGGCUUCUACCACGCGCAGAGCCAGACCGCUGAGGGAAUCACCUUCAUGGGUAACUUCGGCGGUACCGCCGGCUCAGGUGUUUUCACCUCCGCCUUUGGAAACUCCCUCUCCUUCGUAAACUCCCACGGCAAUGGCGGCGCCAGCCAACCCAUCAUCUUAGCAGACACCACCGUUUCCGACACCGCGGACUUCUCCAUGUUCACCGACCAAAAGUGCGACGAUGGCUCAUGCGGGUACAUCCAACCCGGCGCCGCAGCCCGCAAAGGCUUUCCCGGCCCCAACCGCAUGUUCCUCUUUGAGUUUUCGAUGCCACACUCCCCUCCCAACGCCGACGGGUCCGACCCCUCCGACAAACCCGCGUUGUGGCUCCUUAACGCGCGCAUCCCGUACACCCAACAAUACGACAAGUGCUCGUGCUGGGAUUUCGGUUGCGGCGAGUUUGACAUCUUUGAGGUUGUCAAUAAGCAUGACGAGAAGGCUUUGUCGACGUUCCACUUGAACCCCCUUGGUUUUGGCGACCCGAACUACUUCCGUAGACCGAGUGAUGGACCGAUCAAGGUCGCGUUGUUCAUGGAUGGUAAUGAUGGUGGACGAGUGAGUGUGAAGGUGCUGGGACGGAGCGAUGGGGCGAGGUUUGGAGGUGCACUGAGCGCGGGUGAGGUGAACGAGUUGAAGAAGAAGAGCGAGGGGAGGGUUAGUGAGUAUGUGAUCAAUUGGCCGGCCGCUUGA